GUGCUCGUAGCUUAGCAUCUUUAUUUGUUUGUAGCAAAGUGAAACCUGCUGCUGUUUUAGCGCAGCGAUGAGCGGCGGAGGGACCCCGUACAUCGGCAGCAAAAUAAGUUUAAUCUCCAAAGCGCAGAUCCGGUAUGAGGGCAUUCUGUCUUCAGUGGACACGGACAGGUCCACGGUGGCUUUGGCCAAAGUAAAAUCGUACGGAACAGAAGACAGACACACGGACAGACCAGUGCCCCCCAAAGACGAGGUGUACGAGUUUAUAAUAUUUAGAGGAAGUGACAUUAAAGACAUCACCGUGUCUGAACCUCCCAAACAGCACCACGGACUGCCACGUGACCCUGCCAUUGUACAGUCAUCCCUUGGGAGCUCUUCUGGAUAUCACACUCGCUGGAGCCCGUACAGGGACAUGAUGCCCAGCUACAACCAGCUCGCUGCCAGCACUUUACUGAACCAGCAGUACAACGCAGCCCUGGGACUAGGUCUUCAUGGUUUUCCGACCAGAAGAGCACCUAUGGUUGAACAGGCAGUGCAGACAGUCCCUCUGGCCACUGCAGGUCAGAAGAAAGGAAAGACCCCGGCCCAACCACAGAGCAGACAGCCGGUCCGUCCCAUCCAGCGAGCCAACCAGGACGGCUCCCAGGCUCAGAAGGAAAACGUGCCAUCCAAUCGCUCUUCAUCUCAACCAAGUACAUCUAAAGUUCAAACCCAAGCAGAGGGCCAGAAACGACGCCAGAAACAAGCCAAUCGCAGGUCCAGAAACCGAAGUAAAGGACAACUUUUGGUAAAGAACUCAAAGGCUACGACCUUACAGUUUGAGUCAGAUUUUGAUUUUGAAACUGCAAAUGCUCAGUUUAAAGAUGAUCUCACUAAAGAGGUUGAAGUUGAGAAGGUGGAAUCAGGAGAGUCUGAAAGCAACCCGACGAUUCAAGAAAAAGAGCCUUUAGGAGAUAAAUACUAUGACAAGACAAAGUGCUUCUUUGACAACAUCUCCUCAGAUCUCAAGCCCAAGAGAACCACUUGGGCUGAGGAAAAGAAGCUGAACAUGGAAACCUUUGGCGUGCCCGGGCGCUUCUUGCGGGGAAGAGGUUUUCGUGGCCGAGGACGCAGAGGCCAGAGCAACACUGAGCAGAGGCCCCUCCCAAAAGUUGGUAGUGGGAGGGUGUAAUUUUUGUUUUGUAAAUAACUAAAUUCUAGUUUUCUACUUAUUUAAUAAGUGCUUCCUUUUUUUUCCAUUGAAAUGCUAAAUUAAAUAUGCCUUUUCUUUGUAUGUUGUGCUUGUAAAUUUGUAAUGGGGAAAACAUUUUCUUUACAGCUGCAUGUUCCACUGCGGUGGAUUAGUAGUUGAUCAGAGGCAUGCUUUGAGGUUUGAGCCUUUGCAGCGUGCGUGUUUUUGUUUAUUUGUCGACUGACUCAUUUUCUCCUGUAUUGUAAAGAUGAGUAAAUGGAGCAUCUUUGUUUCUCUUGUAUGAGAUGUGGAGUGUUUUAUUUCAACAUUUAACUGUCCUAAAUUCUGUCUCAAAGGUGCUAAUUAAAUUGACUCAAACUA